AUGCUUGCUGCUGAAUGGCAACGAUAUGUUUUUUUUUUGUUCUUUUCUUUUGCUGUACAUGUAAAAGUUUUCUUUUUUUAUUAUUUUGUCUUCCCCCUUCCCCCUUCCCAUUACUUUCAUGUUUUUCAUAUAAAUGUGUUUGUGUGUGUUUGCGCUUUGUUUUCUUUUCUCUCCAGCCACGAGAGUAUUGGCAUGUGGGGGAGGGAGGAAAGAGCGAGUCUCUCCCCUUUUCUUCUGUUUUUCUCUCAUAUAUGCACACACACACACACGGAGAUGUUUCUUCAUCGUCGGUCCCUGCUUGUUUUCUUAUUAUUAUUUUUCCUUUUUUUUUUUUUUUUUCUCUCUUUCUCUCUCCCUGCGCUGGUAGUUAGUAGCCGUUGUGGAAGACGAGAACUUUUAUUAUUAGCGGCAUACGCUACGAUUGAUCUUUCUUUUCACUUCUGUACAGGCAAAUAUAUAACUGCACACUUAUAUUAUUAUACAGCCUUUUUACCGGUAGUGUCCAUUUAUAUUUGUUUGGUCCGUUGCACACCCUGCAGUUUACGUAUAUAUAUAUCUAUAUAUAUGCCACGCAAAUAUCGCUACCAGCGCACACAUACUUUUGCUGAGCGCCAGAAGGAAGUGGCGACCAUUCGCGGGCGCUUCCCGCAGCAUGUCCCUGUUGUAUGCGAGCCCGCAUCAAUUGACACGGUGCUGAGUGCAGGCCCAAUUUCGGACCGCUGUCGGCUGCUGCGGGACUUGGACUGUAGCAAGUUUCUCGUGCCGGGUGACGCAUCCAUGCAGCAACUUAUGGUUCUUCUGCGUAGUCGGCUGGUGCUUGACGCGGAGCAGGCGAUCUUUCUGUUUAUAGACGAUGCGGUUCUACCAAAUAGCGCCUGCGUGGGCGACCUCUACGCUCAGAGGAAGGACGCCGAUGGAUUUCUUUACAUGACAUACAGCAUUGAGAGCGCCUUUGGCGGUGCGGCUGUGCGGCGGAAUUAG